CUAAAUGUUACCCGAAAUUCAAGAUGUCUGCGCCCAUAGGAUUAUAACAGCAUGAAAGGUCAAUAACAACACAACAUGAAGCGAACGUUUAUUUCUUUUCAGACAGACCGUGUUCUGCGCGAAGUUCCUGAUCUAAGAAAAGAUUUUUGCAAUUUUAAAGAAAACCACACAAAGGGGGAUGCAGACGGGUUUGCAGACGCGGUCACAGUCUGGAUAAACAAACCACAUGUGCUGAACAGACGAUUGUGUGGUUCGAGGAUCGAGAGUAUUGUGUAUUACAGCACUGGGGAUGACGACACACAACUCCAGACAAGUUUCGAGUCAGUGUUAACGACUGUUUUGAAUAACGAACCUCCGGAUAAAACGCUUGUAGAUACGGAGCAAGAUGGAUUCUGUAAGGAGGUACCAAGCCUGUCCUCCAUCCCUGAGGGACGAGGUGUUGUUGUUAUCCGAGAUAUCCACCCCAAAAGGGAUGACACACACCCAGUGGUCAGAGAAGUAAUCUGUUAUGAUGGCACAAUGAAGAGCGCCUGGUUUUGUCCCAUAACCGACACAUACAAACAUAAGUCUGUUGAGGCUUCCAGAAAUCUGUGUUACCAGCUAGUCCACUGCGUACUGGACAAAAAGCCAAGAAUUUUAUGUAGGAUUUGCAAAACAGAAAAAGAUAGUUGGUGUUCAGGAACAGAAUCUACUGAAAUUGAACCUGGAAAUGAUGAACCUGAUCCACUUACUUCAAACACUGAACCAGCUGACAGUGAACUCUGGAAACCAGAACCGAGACCAUUAACUGCAAACACUGAACCAGUCUUAAAACAGAUGGAGCAAGCUGAUAUUGGUUAUGAGCUUGCAACAACAACCAUUGAACCAGACACAUCAAUAAUUUUGUCGGAUCAUUGGUUAAAACAUAUUCUUUUGCCAAAGAUUGCUAAUUGGAGUGAACAGGGAAAGUUGGAGACAACAGUGAAAUCUCUACGCCUGGUCCGGAUAGACCAGUACAACACAUUGUACAAUCAACUUAAAGUCAAAUAUGGCAAGAAGUUUGUUGAGUGUUGGCCUGAGAAAACAGAUCCCGCAAAAUUUGUUUACGAAGAUGUUGGUAUAGCAACAUACCUCUUGCUGAUCUGGGAACAAGAGAGGAAUGAGAAAAAGUUGACAGAGAAGCAGUCCUUUGUAGACCUGGGAUGUGGGAAUGGACUACUUGUACAUAUACUGUCUGCUGAGGGGCAUCCGGGUGUUGGUUUAGAUGUACGGAAGAGAAAUAUUUGGGACUUGUAUGGUCCAGAAACUCACCUUAAGGAACAGACAGUCAUCCCGUCCUGUGACUCAUUAUUCCAGCAGUAUGAUUGGCUGAUCGGUAACCAUAGUGAUGAACUUACUCCAUGGAUACCCGUCAUGGCAGCACGGUCAUCCUACACUUGUCGUUAUUUUGUGCUGCCCUGCUGUCCAUUUGACUUUGACCGUAAGUUCAACAAGAAGGUAAGCGGCCAGAGCAGUUAUCGGUGUUUCCUUGACUGGGUGGCAGAAGUUGGACAGAUAUGUGGCUUCCAGGUGGAGGAGGACACGCUCAGAAUUCCCUCCGUCAAACGGGUUUGUUUCAUCGGGAAGACCAGAACCUACAGCCAAGGUGAAGAGCAUCCCAUUGACGCCAAACGAACUAUGUACAUCAAAAGAAGAUGUGAUAAAAGAGGGUUAAAGGGAGGAAAUCAAGAUUUUACUGCUAAUGACAAUAAAUCUGCCACAAAUAAUAAACUUUCAAACUCCAACCAGAAUAAUGAUUGCCCUAGUGAUAGUAAGAAACAGAGACUUGAUGAUCAACAAUGGACAUCAACAUUUAAACCUCGGGAAAGUAAGGAACGGACACGCAAUUGUCAGCAUGUGAAGAAAGAAAUAAAGGAAUUGAUUGUUAACAAGGUUUUCACCAGGGUUAUGGAAUCUGAGAAUGCAGAAGUUCGACAAACAGCUGAUGGCAGAUCAUGGCACAAGGGAGGAUCUGUACCGCUGUCAGAAGUCGCUCAGAUGUUUGACAGGGAAGUUCUAAGGGAGCUGAAGUCAGAAUGUGGAGGUCUACAAACACUGCUCAGAAACCACAAUAUGGUAUUCAAUGUGUCAGGUGGAAAGGUACAGCUGCGAGACCUGACUUUAUCACAACCUUUCAGUAAAGCCUCACAACUAGGACAAACGAAAAAAAUAAAAACUCUUUUGUGCUGGUUCCACUUACAUCAUCCGGACGGCUGUCCUCGAAGUAGGGACACGUGUUUAUUUGCUCAUGGAGAGGAAGACUUGCUUACAUGUGAAAAAAAUACAUUGUCUGAUUCACAGAAUAAGUAAUGUUCAACUCAUUAUGGGCAUACCAUUACAAAACUCUGACAUUGAAUGUCAUCCACUUUGAUAAACAACACCAGAUAAGAUACUGUAAAGGUUGUAGUUUUGUUGUGGUUACUUAUAUUUAAGUUUUUUUUU